AUGACAUCUGCGAUGACUCGACCGGACGAGAUAGUGCGCGGGCCGCGCUUAUAUCGCAGUGAAACAGACGAAGACGAGAUGGAGGCUGGAACAUCUGAUUCGAAUGAUUAUCUGCCGCUGACGCAGAAUGUUACCCACGAUGAUGCUCAAUCUCCAGAGGAGAGCGAAAAUCGACCAGACACGGCGCUGGGAGACGCACCGGCAAACGCUACCAAGCCGGCUGGAUCGAAACCGCUCUCCCCCGAAGAAACGAUUGAACUGGCACGAAAUGCAGUAGAGAGUGGAAUACAAGAUACCAAGCGUUCGCUGGCAGGCAGCGAGGCUGUUACGGACGUGGUCAAGCCCAAACUUACCAUUGAUCUCGGUCAUUCGAAUAUCAUUCGUAUCCCUGAACCAGUUGUAGACUUGAUCAAAGAUGAAGUUGAACGUUUGUCUCUGUCCAACAACCAGCUCUUCCACAUUCCCUAUCGCUUUGCGGAGUGCUCCCACUUACGCUACCUUAAUAUACGGGCAAAUAGUUUCCGGGAAUUCCCCAAAGGAGUUUACAAACUUCCUUUGCUUGAGAUCCUCGAUCUGAGUCGCAACAAAAUCAAAGAGCUGCCGAAUGAAAUCAGCAAGCUCAAGUCGUUGCGAGUCCUCUCGGUGAUGCAAAACCGUCUCAGCGAUCUUCCAGUUGGUCUAUCAGAGAUGCAUAAGCUUCAGAUUUUCAAAUGUGCUGGGAAUCCCCUCCGCCAGCCCCUCCGUGACAUCUUGGAAGAAACGGAGAAUGAAAUGACUCCGUCUGGGAUGACUGAUAAUGAGAAGGAAGUUGCAGCCACCACGAAGUUGAAGAAGUUCUUCCUGAAAUCACGACAGAAUGUGACAACGCCUGAGCCCGAGCUGCAUACUGAUGCAAGUGACGGGAGUUUUGAAGCGAAACCUCUGCCAACACCAAUCCCGUCCAAGCGGAAUCUGAGUGGCCGAUUCCCGGUCAUCCCCAGCACUGGUGAUGGCUCAGCUACCUCCUCUCGAUCUCCUUCGAUCUCCCGACCCCUCGUCCCAGCCAAAUCGCAUUUCCGAAUGGCCUCGGGGCAAGGUGCUACUUACCACAUGCCUGGGCUCCAGAGGCCUGGGAUGGUGCCCUACAAUGUGAAUGAGCGCAAUCGGAGCAAUAGCGAGGGAAUCAUCCAAGGAUCAUCGGCUGCGCGGAGUAAGCGGAUGGGGCUGAUCACCCGCAAGAACACUGAUUUGGGUACGUUGGAUGAAACACGCCCGUAUCGAAACAGCCAUUUGCGAGGUCUCAGCCACGGCUCUGUCUUGCGGCCCCGCCAGCCUCCAACGCCAAAUACCGCGAGUGAAAACCGUUCCCCAAAUCCCAGCAGCCCCAGGGAGCGUCGACGUCCCAGAGAAGGAUGGGUCAACCGGAUGUCUAGCCUUCCUGAACACAAGGGGGAGCGUGCAUCGGAUGGUCCCAUCAUCAGAAGCGCAAAGGGAAUCUUGUUCGCGCUAUUCCAGGUUCACUCGCAUAUCGACACACUGAUCAAUGUGAUAAAGCUGGAAGAUACACGGCGUCACAGUCUCGAACUUGUCUUUUACAAUGCCACCUCUCACGUGGAUCAUCUCAAUGAUGUCCUUGAAAAGGCGUCAACGUCGCUAAUCCACGACCCGGAGUCACUCCCAAUAGUCACGGACACAGUGAGGCGCGAGUGUGAAAAGUGCAUAUCUGCAUACACCCAUGUCGGCACACAGCUACGGAACAGCGCUUCCAAGAUCGUUUCAAAUGGCGAUCCGCACUAUGUACGCUCACUGAUGCUGAUGAUCUAUGGAAGUUUGGUCGAGCUUCGGAAUGCCUGUGCGAUCCUCCAGGCUCCGCUCCAAUUCUUUGACAAGCGCGCCUCUGCCACGAAACGCCUCGCCGGCCCCAGCAAUCCCCUCCCCUCUAUCCCAGAUCGAUCUCAAGUACCACUGGUCACCCCAACCAGGGACCCAGCGCCGCCGACACGAAGAAUGCGGAGUGAUACCACGAUUCGGCACCCCCAAUACCCCAUGACCAUGACUACAUCCACUCCAAAUGGCACCAAUUCCCCCGGAUUCUCCACGCCAUACUCGCGCAGUCGCUCUAGCAGCAGGUCAAACAUGAACAGUAACUUGUCGCACGCUCUAGCUACCCCCCGCUCGGGCGAAACCUUCCCCCCGAUCCCAAUUUCUGGGGCUCCUCGGGUCAACAUCGUGACUGGGCUUGAUGAAAACGAGGAAGAGCGGAUCUUCGAACGAAUCUUCCAUCAGCUUGUCUCUACGCAUACUGCGGCUUAUGGCGCUCUCCCUCUGGCCCGCCGGCAAUUCAUACGAUGUCUGGAAGCUGCCCAGCAGUCACGCAACUCGGAGGGCCUUCAAGUGCUCUGGAGCAACCUCAUCCGCCGAGCUCAAGUCUGCCAAGAAUUAUCCGACCUCCUGGGCCAACGUCUCUCUAGCAUGAAAAUCAAAGAGCCUGGCGGUGGACUUCGCAACCAACGCGAGUUCUGGCAACUAUGCAAAUCAUUCAUGCACUCCUUCAUUGAUCUCGUGAAUGAAAUGCGAGAGGCGAGAAGCAUGCAACUGCUCCCCUCCGACGUCAUCAUCCUCCUCCGGCCUGUCCAAAAAGCCAGCCGAGAAGCAGGCCGCUUGAUUGAGGCCUCCCCCUGGGCGUAUCUCGCCGAUCCGGACCGCCACCCCCCUCCCGGCUCCAUCUACGGACCUCCACUGCAGAACCCACACAUGCAGCACCACCCAUCUGCCUCCGCCUCCGCCAUUAUCAACUCUCAUUUCCCGCACGGUGGCACCAUAACCCCGCAAUCCAUCACGGUUCCUGCCACCCCUCUGAGUGCGGCCCUUGGCCCCGCUGCGCAGGCGACGGUGCCAUCCACACCAGCCAGUGCUUACAGUGACAAGUUCUUCGAGGGAGAUGUCUUCCAACGGGCUGACUCUCUCCUCUCGUCGAACCAGGCACCUUUCUUCCGUCGCUAG